AUGAUCUUCUCGGCCUUGGGUCGGAGCAGUGAAGGUACAGUAAGGCGAUAUCAGUCUGCCAAUGAUGAUGACACCAUCAACCAAGUGGAGACUACCAUUUUGGAAUGUCGCUGUAUCAUAUUUCGUCAACUAGCCCAUGAUGUCAAGAUUAGUAUUGGGUCUGUAGACAAAAUCAUUUAUGACCUUCUGCACAUACUAAUUACGCAGCAUGAAAUUUGGGUACAUCACUAUGAUCAAGAAUGUAAGACCCAGUCAAAACAAUGGAAGCACUUUGACUCAUCAAGGCCCGAAAAGGCACGUGUCACACCCUCAUCUGUCAAGGACAUGUUUAAAGUCUAUUGA